AUGCUUGCAAUCGGGCUAGUUCGAACUCCUGUGCUGCUGUCAGCCUCUAGGGGCCUGAUCCGGCCCGCGUUUAUGGGUCCCAGGAACAUGGCCUUCCGUUACCAGAAAAUUGGCGUUUGUCUAAGAAACUACGCUGACGUCUCUGGGAAGCCUUCCGAGGAACCUAAAGACAUCAAGGAGGUGAGUCUUGUGCCGAAAAAAGCCCCUGAUGCUAGUCUCCUUGUAAAGGUGGAAAAAGAGUGCAAGCGCAGAGAAAAGAAAUUUCUCAAUGACACCGUGAUUGGAAAGUUCUUGAAGUAUUCCGUCAUCGGAUGCUCGGUCUUCAGUUUUUCAAUCUUAUUAUUUGUGGGUGGGGUUUUCAUCUACGAUUACACCACUUACGCAGAUACGGAGGCUGUGGAACACUUGCUAGUGCCUGAACUGGCGCUGAACCCUCCUCGUGGCGGGCCUGAAAAUCUGCCCAUUCUUUCACAGCACUUGGAUAGUUUUGACAACGAGGAGAAGGAGGAGCUCAGACACAGACCCAAGUUGGUUGUGCUGGGGUCAGGUUGGGGCUCCGUAUCGUUACUGGAAACCUUGGAUCCGAACGAUUACGACGUCACUGUGAUAUCUCCCACCAACUACUUCCUGUUCACACCGAUGCUUCCUUCCGCUGCGGUCGGAACACUUGAACUAAAGUCUCUGGUCGAAAGCAUCAGGAACAUCAUCAGAAGAGUCAACGGCCAUUAUCUCGAGGCAAAUGCUGAAAAGAUUCUGUUUUCCGAGAAAUUGAUUAAAGUGUCUGUCAAGGAUGCCGAGGGCAAGAACCGCCCGUUUUAUGUUCCAUAUGACAAGCUGGUUGUUGCAGUGGGGUCCACCUCCAACACCCAUGGUGUUCAAGGCCUGCAAUACAGCCACCAAUUGAAGACAGCCGAGGACGCCUUGACCAUUAGAAAGAAAAUCGCCUGUAACUUAGAACGUGCAUGCUUACCAACCACUUCUGAUGAAGAGAGAAAGAAGCUCUUGUCAUUUGUGAUCUGCGGAGCCGGUCCUACCGGUGUUGAAGUAGCUGCCGAGAUUUUCGAUCUACUGAACGAGGACUUGUGCCGAGGAUUUCCGAAAAUCCUCAGACAAGAGAUUUCCAUUCACAUCAUUCAAUCCAGAUCGCACAUUCUCAAUACAUACGACAAGGCUAUAAGUGAAUAUGCCAUGAAGAGAUUCGAAAACGAUUCCAUCGACCUGCUGACCAACUCCAGAGUCAAGGAGAUUCUCCCUGAUGAAGUGGUUUUUGACCAAAAGAACGAAAAGGGCGAGAUCGAGAGAAAGUCUGUCCCCUUUGGGCUUUGUCUUUGGUCAACGGGUGUUGCUCAGAACCCACUUGCCCAAGAUAUCGUCAAAUCGCUGAAGUCCUCCCAGCAGAAUAGAAGAGCCAUAGAGACGGACACCCAGUUGCGUGUAAUUGGAGCUCCACUUGGUGAUGUGUAUGCUAUUGGUGAUUGUUCUACUGUGAGAACCGACUUGGCUGACCACACCGCCGAAUAUGUUCGUCAAUACAUUCACAGCAAACAUUACAGCCACAUCCAGCGUCAUUCCAGCAUCAUCACAGAUGACGAUAUUAGACACGUGAAUUUGUCUCACACCGAGCUGAAGGAGCUUUCUAGUUAUAUCCAGUGCAAGAACCCAAUCGCCACAGAGGCGUUGGCUUUGAUGCACGAGUUCAUCCCCAAGUACGACACUACAAACUCGGGUCACCUGUCCUUUGACCAGGUUAAGGCCAUGUUGAAGGAAGUGGACUCAAAGGUGACUUCUUUGCCAGCAACUGCUCAAAGAGCUCACCAGCAAGGAAAGUAUCUCGGAAAGAAGCUCUCCAAGCUGGUGAAGACCCACAUCACGCUUUCCAUCAACGAUAUCGUGGAUGGUGACAUCGAUAAUGCCAUCUCCAAGCCCUUCAAGUACACCCAUCUGGGCUCUCUUGCUUAUAUUGGAAACUCUGCAGUUUUGGACCUUCCAGGGUACCAGAUUGUUGGUGGAUUGAUGGCCAUGUACCUGUGGAGAAGUAUCUACUUCACCCAGUCCGUUAGCAUGAGAACAAGAGUUUUGCUCUUCAUGGACUGGUUGAACAGAGGUGUAUUCGGAAGAGACAUCUUGAGUAUCUGA